AUGUUCCAGCCCGGGGUUGUUAGCUCGUCCAUUCCAUCCGCCAUUCGAAUGAUGUCCGUAGAUAAUUUUGGAGCAGCGUACCUUUCGAAGGAGAAGGCUAAGCUCAUGAAGGAAAAGCGGGAUGGGUCCGACACCAAAAUACUAUCAAUGAUGCACUACCACCAGCGAACGAAUAUGAAAUGCCUGCUGAUCAAGUCGUCAGCGGGACAGACCAAUGCUAAGAGACAAGCCUUCGUUGUGACUACAGAAAUUCUAACAGCAGAGCUCUCAGCAGUACUUGCCGAAGGUGCAGCGUUGAGGCUUGACUUGUUGGAGCGAGAGAAAGUGACAAAUGCUGUCGAUCGCAACAGCGGGAUACCGUUUUUCUCACCAUUCAAAUGGUUUGCGAACUCGUUCAUCUGCAGUUCCUCGGACUUUCUCCUUUCCUUGGAAGUUGAGCGGAAUGUGACCAGAACUGCAGGUAACUAUUCCACAAAUCCAUGUUUCAAUAGGCAACUGUGGCUAGAUUAG